CCGAACGUCCCUUUCUGCGGUCAGUUGUGAUUGGCUGGCCUCGACUACCUGCUGACAACGGUGAAAUGAGAUGAGCUGCCUCACACCCCUCCCCCUCGUCCUCCUGUCAUCGCCAUUCAUCGCGGAUGCAUCGUCCUCGGGCAAGGAAUAUCUUCAGGCACACAUCAGACGUCCCAGGCGGGAUGCAACCAUGAUCCAGGGCACGUAUAGCAUGCACACAGGGCUAACUGCUAGUACUAGUACAGUUGACGGUUUCAAGUCCAUCCAGCGCUACGAAGGGGCCAAUAACCCACGAGUCCAACAGCUGCCGCCCGCCUCGUUGUGUUCUGCGCAGCGCCUACAUAACUACAACUUCGAUCGUCAACAGCUGGAAGUGAAUGGCCUCGCCUCACCCCACCCCACCCCCCGCCGCGCAACUUCGGAGGAAUGCUGAUGCGCAGGACGAAGCUGGCGAGUGUCCACGGGCCCGUGGGCCGUUCAUGGUUGACUGCGGUACUGUAGUGUACCUACUACAUACACGAAUAUGCCAAUACCCGUGAUCUUGCCGCUGCAGCCAUGGUCCAUAAUGCAGUGCAUGCAGCAGAUGAACUCUGCAUGUCAUCCUUUGCCCGGCCCGCGCCACAAACG